AUGGCAACUACUAAUGGAAGAGUUUCAUCUACUACGAGUGGUGGAGCUGGCUUGAGAGUAAGAAACCAACCGAAUCAACAAACUCUGGAGAAUGACCAAGAAGCUAUUAAUAUUCAUCAGAUGAAUGCCUUAAGAGAUGCAGGGAUUGUUCAAACAAAUGCAAACGGCCAAACACAACCUAUGGAAGACGUUAAUUUGGAAUAUUUAAUUUUCAAGACUGUUUAUUGGAUAGAGAAGGGUGAUGUGCUCAAGAUUGAAUCUAUCUUUAAUUUUCUUUCAAAACAGCAACAACAUCAACAUGAAGGUCCAAGCAGCAAGUCGAAGAUUCUUCCACUCUCAGAAUUGGUCAAUACCUAUGAUAAGUGUUUCAAUAGAACUCCUUUAUAUUCUGCUUGUGCAAAGGGAAUGUUACCACUUGUGAAAGUUCUUGUUCAACAAGGAUCUAGACUAGAUGAAGUCAAUGGACCAUCAAAGCAAACAUCUGUUUGGAUUGCAGCAAAUUUUGGAUUCUUUUCAGUAGUGAAAUAUUUAUUGAAGAAGGGAUGUGAUAAGAACAAGUCUUGUUCUCUGGAGAAGAGUCCAGAGUUAAUUGCCAAAGAUCGAGGUUUCUAUGAGCUUGCAGAAUAUAUUAAGAACUUUGAUUAUCCUCUUUAUCAACUUGUAAAAGGACGCAAAGUGUUAUUCAAAAAGAACCUUAGUCAAAUGAGUGAAAAGAAACAGUUGUGUGACAUUAAUAUUAAAUGUCAUAAUGUUGGACUGGAUGAUUAUUAA